AUGGCCUGUUGUCUUCCGAAUGAAGUUGAUCCGUUGGUACUCUCCUCCAUCUCGGUUUGUCAAGAUGAACAUAGACGGAUGCUCGAAAGGGCAAUGUACCAGCUUACAGGCGGAGGCCAAGGCUUUGCUACUUGGGCUGUAGUUAUGUGUGCAACGAGGGAAGCUAAUACGGUGGAGGAUGUGCUGUCUAAUGUGGGCCGUGCCCAUAUCGAUAAGAGGAUUUGUGUGUAUGACACCUUCGCGGGCCUCCCAUUUUUAGCCAGGGGUGCUUAUCGUUUAGACAGAUUGGCUUUUCCCUCCUUCCGCAGAUGUAGGCCUUUGCGCCGGAAUUCCAAUGUUUCGGAUCAGCAUAUUUCUCUAGAUAUUCAAAGUCCAUUGCUUCCUAGUAAAUUUGUCAUGUCCUUUGUUCAUGCAAAGUGUUCAGUGGAGGAGCGCAAAGAUUUAUGGUGUUCAUUAUUACAUGAUAAGCCUAGUUUACUACCUUGGUGCAUUGGGGGUGAUUUUAACGUAAUUUUGGCACCUCAUGAAAAACGGGGAGGCCGUCCAUUUGCCAUAGCUGAGGGGGCGGAUUUCAUGUCUUUCAUGGAGGAGGCUGAGGUCUUCGAUUUAGGCUUCUCAGGAGCUAGUUUUACAUGGUCUAAUAAUCGGCGGGGUAGAGCUCGAAUUUCAAAAAGGUUGGACAGAUUUUUAAUCAAUGGAUCUUUCUUGGAUCUCUCUAACAAAAUCUCUGUGCUUCACUUGGCAAGACAUCCCUCGGAUCAUGCACCAUUGAAGAUUACGUUUGCGACCCGAUCGGAUAUUAAACCUCGGCCAUUCCGCUUCUUAAAUGUCUGGACUACAAAACCACAAUUCCUGGAGGUGAUUCGCCAGGCUUGGAAUCAAGAUGUAGAGGGAUCUCCAUUGCGCGUUUUAUGCUCCAAAUUAUUGGCCACGAGAAGGGCUAUUCAAACAUGGAACAAGCAACACUUUGGGAAUGUUAUUGAUGCUGUUCGUUAUGCGGAAAUGGCGGUCCAUAGAGCAGAGGAGGUUGCGGAUCAAGACUAUUCAGAAGAGUGUCAGAUUGAACUCAAUAAGGCACAGGCAGAGUUUCGGCAUGCAAUGUCAAUUGAAGAGCAAUUUUGGAGGCAAAAGGCAAGGGUUAAAUGGCUUCGUCAUGGAGAUAGAAAUUCAAGGUACUUUCAUGCGGUAGUAAGGCAGAGACGUGUUCAAGGAAUGAUACACCGUAUAAAAAAAUCCAACGGCGUUUGGGUAGACACGGAUGAUGAUAUAUCAACUGAGGCAACAGAAUAUUUCAAUAAUCUCUUCACAGGUUCUUUGGAGUCAUCUUCUGAUAUGCUACACCUAAUUCCGUCGAUGAUUUCGGGAGAGGAUAAUAAGAGGCUGGAAGCAGUGCCUACGAUCAAGGAAGUGUACGAAGUCGUCAAGUUAAUGGAUGGAGAAAGUGCUGCUGGUCCAGAUGGUUUCACAGGAAAAUUUUUUACAUUUGCUUGGGAGGUGAUCGGCCAAGAUGUCUACAAUGCGGUACUCAGUUUUUUCUGUGGGGCGGAUUUGCCCCGUUUCAUCACCUCUACUUCAAUCGUUCUAAUUCCAAAGAAGCCAAAUCCUCAGGAAUUUUCUCAUUUUAGGCCCAUCAGUCUAUGUAAUUUUUUCAAUAAAUUAUUAUCCCGAAUUUUGGCGGACAGGGUGGCUGUUUUAUUGCCAAAAAUAAUUUCCCCCCAGCAGACAGGUUUUGUGAAGGGCCGCAAUAUAACUGAAAAUUUUCUCCUAGCUCAAGAGGUGGUAUCGAGUAUGGGAAAAAAGAAUAGAGGUGGGAAUGUUUUAAUAAAACUCGACAUGUCCAAGGCGUAUGACCGGGUGUCAUGGGGUCAUAUUAUUAAUGUUCUGAGGAAGUUUGGAUUCGGGGAAAUAUUUAUUGACCUAGUAUGGCGAUUGCUUUCUAAUGUCUGGUUCUCAAUCAUUAUAAAUGGCUCCUCCUACGGUUUCUUUAAAUCUUCGAGAGGGCUUCGUCAAGGUGACCCAUUAUCACCUGCAUUAUUCAUUAUCGGGGCCGAGGUGUUGUCUAGAGGAUUAAACAAUCUCAUCAUGCAGUCGGGCUUCGUGGGAUUCAAAGUUCCUUAUGGGUGUCCUUCUAUAACUCAUUUGGCGUUCGCGGAUGAUGUUCUCAUAUUUGCAAAUGGCUCUUCCUUUUCUCUGAAGGCUAUUAUGCAGGUGUUAGAGGCAUAUCAAAGGUGUUCGGGGCAGCUGAUAAAUGUGCAAAAAAGCUGCUACUUGGUACAUCCAUCGAUGCCACUGGCGAGAAGAAGGCAAAUUGAACGUAUCACCAAGUUUACCUGCCACUCAUUUCCGAUACGUUAUUUAGGGUUCCCGCUAUACUUUGGAAGAUGUAAAUCAUCAUACUUUGGAGAAGUUUGUCAGUCUAUUCUAGGGAGGAUUUUGUCGUGGAAAUCAAGAUUACUUUCCUUUGGAGGCAAAAUAGUUCUAAUCAAACAUGUGUUGGCAUCAAUGCCAUUGCAUUUGAUGUCGGCUGCAGUGCUCCCGGGUAAGUUGUUCAAAACUAUAGAAAAGACCUGCUCAGCCUUCCUGUGGGGGUCCUCACCCGCGGACUCGAAGUACCAUUGGAUACGAUGGUCUCAUUUGUGUUAUCCAGUUGAUGAGGGAGGAGUUGGAUUUCGGAGACUAUGGGACGUAUACAAAGCUUUUUCAUGCAAGCUUUGGUGGAAUUUCCGAACAGGAUCAUCGUUGUGGGCAAUGUUCUUGAAAGCAAAGUAUUGCAAAAGCCUCCAUCCUUGUCAGGUAGAACUCAAAUCAACGGACUCGGCAAUCUGGCGGAGGAUGGUCAACGUCAGUCGACAAGUGGAGCUCUCAAUGUUAUGGGACGGGUCGUGUCACUUUUGGUACGACAACUGGUUGGGAAGUGGUGCGUUGUUCCUACAAGCACAAGUUAUCCCAAAUUUGACUUUCCGCAAUUUCGUCAUCAAUGGUCACUGGGAUUUGAAUUCCUUAGGUCUUACAAUACCAAAGGAGAAAAUGGCCUCCAUUGUGAAACACAUACCACCGGAAGAAGGGAGUGAAGUUGAAGUCAUUUGGAUGCCCACCACAUCUGGUAGAUUCUCUCUACAAUCGGCUUUCGAAGACAUCAGGCAGGCCCGCAACAAGUCGAUGGUUUUUGCUUCGAUUUGGCAUCCUCGGAUUCCUUGGAAAGUCUCGUUCUUCAUGUUGCGACUAUUUCUAGGAAGACUACCGCUACCAGAUAGGUUAUGUAAACUUGGUUUUCAUUUACCGUCAAAGUGCUUGUGUUGUUCUUCGGCAUCUGCAGAGUCUAUCGAGCAUUUAUUUGCCAAUGGACAAAUAGCAUCGGAAGUUUGGAACUAUUUUCGAGGUUUAUGUGGAUUUAGCUGUUCAGGGUCUUCUCUACGGUCCUGCAUAGUAGGGUGGUGGUUGCGGUUACAUGAUACUGAGACACGACAGCUUAUUGACCGCAUUCUACCUAAUAUAGUUUGCUGGCAGAUUUGGAAGGCAAGGAAUAAAGCAAUGUUUGAGGGUGUCCAGAUGCGAUCGUCUGUUAUUUGUCAUCUCAUUUUCUCGGAAAUUCAGUCCAUCGUGGGAAUCCACUUCAAACAAAUUUUUCGAUUCCAAUCUUUUUGUCAUUUGUAUGAUCGAUCGAAUGUGUCUGUCGGUACGGUUGCAUACAAAUUUGUUCGAUGGGAGACAAAGGAGAUAGGACGGCUCAUACUUAAUACGGAUGGAUGUUCUAAGGGUAAUCCAGGAGUGGGUGGAGGUGGAGGAGUUCUUCGGGAUCCAACUGGUUCACCACUGAUUGCCUUUUCGGCUUAUUUUGGAGAAACUACAUCUCUCCGUGCAGAAGCUUGGGCUCUCCUUAUCGGUCUUCAAACGUGUAAACAUAGGGGAUUCGAAAAUAUAAGUGUGCAAUCAGAUUCGCUGCUCUUAGUUGGGAUCAUUCAACGAAGCACUCAAUGUCCGUGGCAGAUUCGAAGGGAGAUCAGGCAGAUUUGGAAGCUCCUGCAGGAACCUAUUCAUUUUUCACACUGCUACCGAGAGGCUAACACAGUUGCUGAUGCGUUGUCUAAUGUGGGCGUUUCUCACCCACAUCAAAAGGUCAAGGGAUUGGGUUUAGCCAUGCAUGAUAUUCUUCCAAAUGUGGAACAUAGGUAUUGUGUUAGACAUCUACGCAAUAACUUCAAGAAACAUCAUCCCAGUGAAACAAUAAAGGGCCUGUUUUGCGGUUGUGCAAGGUCGACAUAUGAGAAUAAAUUUGAAACUGAAAUGGACACCUUGAAGCAAUAUGAUGAAAGGGCACACGAAUGUUUCAAUUCAGUGAUUUUAGAUGCAAGGGAAAAGCCCAUUCUUGGCUAUUGGAUGAGCCAGAUAACUUCACGGACAGCAAUUGAUAAAGUUGAAGAUAGUCACUUAGCUGCUGCUAAAUGUGCUAGGCCACCUCAUUCACAUCCACCACUCCGGCAACAACCUCCGCGCCAAACAACUGCUUCGGCAGCGGCAGCUUUCCUUGCGACUCCAGAAACAACCUCAACUCUUCACUCAUCCGAAUGGCCGGAUGCUUGGCCAACCUCCUCAAAUACUUUUCCAAUGCCGCUCUCCUCUGCUCCACAAAUUCCUGCAUCUCCAAACCAACACCACCAUGUCUCCUUCUUCCACCACCUUCCCGACACCCAACCCAACAUCCCCUCCUUCACCAUCACUCCCCUCCCAACCUCCACUGCCGCACUCUCCCACAACCGCAACCUCUCUACCUCCCUCUUCCCACUCUACCCCCCUCCUCCAUCUUCCUCUCCCUCUCCAGCACUUCCACCCAUCUCCUCCAUGUCAAAUUUGGUCGCAACAAGGUCGCUAUUGAAUCUGAUCCAAAUUUCGGUCUUCAAUUUCAGCAAUGGCGAUUUUCAAUUUUCAUCCAUGGCCGAUUUUCAGAUGAUUAAGGAGGCAAUUAUUGCGAUAAAAGAGAGAGCUAGACCUGGUCCCUACCCGAUUGUCCGCAAAUUUCAGAAAAAGCAGCAGAAGUUGCUGGCAAAUUUCAAGUAG